GAUUUUUAUCAUUUUCAUUUUUUCUUAUUAUGUAUUAAUUGCAUUGAAAUCUACAAUAUACUUUAAUUUUUCUAAGUAUUGAUUCAUAACACAGAAUCAAUGGUUACUUUUUACAUUUAAUAACAGAAUGAUAGUAAAAAACUAUAUAAAAGGAUUGUUUAACCGCUUUGUACAAACAAAAAGUUGUGUACGAAAAAACUCUACAGCAAAAUAUUGUUUGGAAUUAGUUAGAAAACAUGAUUUUGAAAAUUAUUUAUGUACCUUAUUAUUACACAAAAAUAUUAGAAGAACUGGGUUUGCUAUUAGAGCAUUUAAUAUUGAGAUAGCAACUCUUCAAGAUCAAAUAAGUGAUAUGAAAAUUGGAGAAAUGCGGUUUAAAUUUUGGGAGACAUCUUUAAUUGAAAUAUAUAAAAAUAAAAUCCCAAAACAUCCUGUACUCAUUGAACUAUAUACAGCAACAAAAACACAAAAAUUAAGUAUUAUAUAUUUGAAACGUUUAAUCUCAUCUCGAGAAAAUUAUAUGUUAAAUUCAUCUCUAAAAACUAUUGAAGAUUUAGAGACUUAUGCUGAGAAUUCUGUUUCACCAGUAUAUUAUUUGUUUCUAGAAGCAAUGGGUAUUAAGGAUAUGACAAUUGACCAUACUGUAAGUCAUCUAGGUAAAUGUCAAGGAAUUGUAAACAUUAUUAGAGGUAUUCCUUAUAAUUCAAAAUCUGGGCGUAUAUCAAUACCUCAAGAUAUUUUGUUAAAAUAUAAAGUUUCUUAUGAAAAUAUCAUCAGAAGUUCAAGUGAACAGAAUGUGCGUGAUGCAAUUUAUGAAUUGGCUUCAAGAGCUAAUAGUCAUCUAAUGAAAGCCAGAAAAUUGGAAAAGGAAGGAAAUAAACGUGUUAAAUCAAUAUAUUUACCAUUUGUUCCUCUUCAUUUAUAUUUGGAAAAACUACGAAAAGCGGAUUUCAAUGUAUUUGAUAAAAAACUACAAACACGAAAUAACUUAUUACCUAUGAAACUUUUAUGGCAUAAAAUAGUUGGCUGAAAUUAUUUAGUGAAAUAGUUUUGUUAACGUUUUUACAAAUACACUUUUAUAUACUAUGA